GGAAAAAGAGGGUUUGGAUUGCAGAGCUGUCAAUCAGUCACUCUGGUCUAGAUAUGGACCCACCAGGAAACAAGCAAACAGAUGGCUUGGUGUCUUGAGAAUGAAGCUUCCUCACCCACCCCCCACAAACCCCGAAAAUAAACCAUUGAUGGGUUGAGCUCUAUUUUUGGGGCAAGCGUCUGAUCCUGUGGGCCUAAAGCUGUUGAGGGGACUGGGCUUGAGCUUAUACUCAAGCAGGUGUCCCCACUGUCAUCUGUCUCACUUCUCAGGGGAACCACCAGCAGAUCGACAGCAACCUUCUGACAAUAGAAGACGAGCAAUGAUGAACUUUAUUCACAUCUAAAAAGCAUCAGCAGACAUACACAGGCUGGAUGGCGCACUCUCACUGAGAGCAGAGAGACAGGAGGGAAUGACAGGACUGUCAUCUGUCUAAAGAAAAAUAAAAAGCACUACAAGAGUUCCUGAUGGUUUCAACCUUUCGUUUGGCAUCACAUUGCAGCUCCUAGACAGAGGCACGUCUCUAAGCCUGCAGAGGAGAACUGGUCUCACUAAGGUUAAAACCCACAUCCAAUAUCUUGAAACAGUUUAAACAUUCACACAAGUAAGAAGAGUCCUGUGAGAUCAAAUCAUGGGGAUGCGAGGUCUGCUACUGGCCUCUGUGGCAGUAGCUGUUUUAGUUCAUCUCUCUAGUGCUGGCCUGGUUAAAAGAGUAAUAAGACACAGAAGAGAAUCAUUGUCACCAACCACUGAGAACUUGACCCUCCCAAGUCCUGACCAGCCUGUGGUUUUCAACCAUGUGUACAACAUCAACGUUCCCUCUGGAUCCCUGUGCUCGGUAGACUUGGAUUCACCAGGAACAACAGAAAUGAAGCCAAAAUCGGAACAAUCUGACCAGCACAUAGAACACACCAUGGACGGGGAGAAUCAGAUUGUUUUUACACAUAGGAUUAAUAUUCCCAAGCAAGCUUGCGGUUGUGAUAACCACAUGCCUGACAUGAAGGACCUCCUGAACAGGCUGGAAAUGCUGGAAGCAGAGGUAUCCAGUCUAAGGGAGCAGUGCACCAGUGGAACAAGCUGCUGUGGUGCUCAGGUUGCAGGUGAAGUCACAACCAAACCCUACUGCAGUGGCCGUGGCAACUACAGCACUGAGACCUGCAGCUGUUUGUGUGAGCCCGGUUGGAAGGGAGUCAACUGCUCUGAGCCAGAGUGCCCAAACUUCUGCCAGGAUCAAGGCCGUUGUGAGGAUGGCAAGUGUGUCUGCUUUGAGGGCUUUGGCGGGGAGGACUGCAGUAUAGAGCUGUGUCCUGUAGAUUGUGGUGAGAAUGGAGAGUGCAUCGAUGGUGCUUGCCUCUGCGAGGAGGGCUUCAUCGGUGAAGACUGCAGUUUAACCAACUGCCUAAACAACUGCCUUGGCAGGGGGCGCUGUGUGGAUGACGAAUGUGUAUGUGACGAGCCUUGGACGGGGUUUGACUGCUCCGAGCUCAUCUGUCCUAACGACUGCUUCGACCGUGGACGCUGUGACAAUGGAACAUGCUAUUGUGAAGAGGGCUUUACUGGGGAGGACUGUGGGGAGCUUACCUGCCCCAAAAACUGCAACCACCGUGGCAGGUGUGUCAAUGGACAGUGUGUCUGCAAUAUUGGUUACAGCGGAGACGACUGCUCCAAGCUCACCUGUCUCAAUGACUGCAAUCAGAGAGGUCACUGCUUCAAUGGGAAGUGCAUAUGUGACCCCGGGUUCGAGGGCGAGGACUGCAGCAUUCUCUCCUGCCCGGAUAACUGCAAUGACCGAGGGCAGUGCGUCAAUGGUGAGUGUAUUUGUGAUGCUGGGUAUGAAGGUGACGACUGCUCAGAGCUUUCCUGCCCCAAUAACUGUCACGAUCGUGGUCGAUGCGUCAACGGGAAGUGCAUUUGCAAAAUAGGCUUUGCUGGAGAAGACUGCAGCAUCAAGACCUGUCCCAAUGACUGCCAUGGACGCGGAGAGUGUGUAGACGGCAAGUGCAUUUGCCAUGAUGGCUUUGCCGGAGAACAUUGCGGUAUCAAGACCUGCCCCCAUCAUUGCCAUGGACGUGGACAAUGUGUGGGCGGCAUAUGUGUUUGCCACAAUGGCUUUGCUGGGGAAGACUGCAGCAUUAAAACCUGUCCCAAUCACUGCCAUGGACGUGGACAGUGUGUGGACGGCAAGUGUAUUUGCCAUGAUGGUUUUGCUGGAGAAGACUGCAGCAUCAAGACCUGCCCCAAUGACUGCCAUGACCAUGGACAGUGUGUGGACGGCAAGUGUAUUUGCCAUGAUGGUUUUGCUGGAGAACAUUGCGGUAUCAAGACCUGUCCCAAUCACUGCCAUGACCGUGGACAGUGUGUGGACGGCAAAUGUGUUUGCCACCAUGGCUUUGCUGGAGAAGACUGCAGCAUCAAGACCUGUCCCAAUCACUGCCAUGACCGUGGACAGUGUGUGGACGGCAAGUGUGUUUGCCAUGAUGGUUUUGCUGGAGAAGACUGCAGCAUCAAGACCUGCCCCAAUGACUGCCAUGACCGUGGACAGUGUGUGGACGGCAAGUGUGUUUGCCAUGAUGGUUUUGCUGGAGAAGACUGCAGCAUCAAGACCUGCCCCAAUGACUGCCAUGACCGUGGACAGUGUGUGGAGGGCAAGUGUAUUUGCCAUGAUGGUUUUGCUGGAGAAGACUGCAGCAUCAAGACCUGCCCCAAUGACUGCCAUGACCAUGGACAGUGUGUGGACGGCAAGUGUGUUUGCCACACUGGCUUUACAGGGCAUGACUGCAGCGAGUUGACUUGCCCCAAUGACUGCCAUAACCGAGGACAUUGUGUAAAUGGCCAGUGCGUGUGUAACAGCGGGUUCACUGGGGAGGACUGUGGUACAAAGUUGUGUCCCAACAACUGUCUGGACCGUGGCUACUGUGAAGAUGGAAAGUGUGUCUGCUUUGAGGGCUACACUGGUGUGGACUGCUCUGUUCUGACCUGCCCAGCAAACUGCAAUGACCAAGGCCAAUGCCUGAAUGGAAUGUGCAUAUGUGAUUUAGGCUUCACUGGCGACGACUGCUCUGAAAUCUCCCCACCCAGAGACCUUACAGUGACUGAAGUCGACCCGGAAACAGUGGACCUCGCCUGGGUCAAUGAGAUGCUUGUGACGGAGUAUCUUAUCACCUAUGUGCCUACGGCUCUUGGCGGUUUAGAGAUGGAAAUGAGAGUCUCUGGUGAAAAGAAGACAGCCACUAUUAGGGAGCUUGAGCCUGGCAUAGAGUACCUAAUCAGUGUCUUUGCUGUCCUGAACAGCAAGAUGAGUGUCCCUGUCAGUGCCAGAAUAGCCACACAUCUCCCUGAACCUGAGGGUCUGAAAUUCAAAUCGGUUAAAGAGUCUUCAGUAGAGGUUGAGUGGGACCCCUUGAACAUCCCGUUUGAUAGCUGGAACCUUAUCUUCAGAAACACAAAAGAAGAGGAUGGAGAGAUUUUGAAUUCUCUCACCCCUCCUGAGACCACCUUUGAGCAGUCUGGUCUAGGACCUGGACAAGAGUAUGAAGUUAAGCUUGAGGUUGUAAAGAACAACACCCGUGGACCCCCAGCCAGCAAGAACGUUGUCACAAUGAUUGAUGCUCCCAGCCAGGUGGAUGUGCGUGAUGUGACGGACACUACAGCCCUCAUCACCUGGUUUCAGCCUGUCGCUCAGGUGGAUGGGAUCUCCGUGUCCUAUGCCCCAACCACAGAUUUGGACAAGAACACAGUCGAGCUUUCCUCCAUGGAUACCCAGUACCAUCUGGCUAGGCUGAAUCCUGACACUGAGUAUGAGGUCUCUCUCAUGGCCCGCAGGGGAGAGAUGACCAGCUUUCCUGUCUAUCAGACCUUCACCACAGACCUGGAUGCCCCAAAGCACCUCAAGGCAGUUGAACAGACAGAUGAGAGUAUAACUCUGGAAUGGAAAAACAGCAUAGCCAAUGUCCUCAAUUACCGAGUUAAAUACGGCCCACUUUCUGGAGGGGAGCACAGAGAACUGGUCUUCCCCAGCGGCCCGCAAGACACCACUCAGGCUAAAAUCACUGGCCUUAGGCCCGGGACUGAGUAUGGAAUGGGAGUGACGUCCAUUAAGGAAGAGCGUGAGAGUUUGCCUGCAACGACCAAUGCUGUGACUGAUCUUGAUGCACCCAAAGACCUUCAAGUAAGUGAGACCACAGAGACCACACUGACACUUGUUUGGAGGAGGCCGGUCGCCAAAAUCGACACCUAUGAGCUACUGUUAGUGUCCGCGGAUGGCAAGAGAACGGAAUUGGAAGUACCUGGUGCUGUCAAUACCUACAUUCUGAGUAACCUGAACCCUGGCAUGCUGUACACCAUCAGCCUGACUGCCAAAAGAGGAAGAAAGAUGAGUGCGCCAGCCACCCUGUCAGCAUCCACAGAUGAUGAGAAGCCUCAGGUGGGAAACAUCACCAUCUCUGAUGUGUCCUGGGGUAGCUUCAGUGUGUCCUGGGAACUGGAGAGAGGAGAGGUUGAGGGCUUUCUGAUUGAAGUGUCUGACCCAGAUGGCUUAUCUGAUGGCCAGAACCACACACUAUCCAACCAGGAGUUUAGCCUGGCUGUCACUGACCUCUCCCCUAGUACUUUCUACAGGGUCACACUGUAUGGGCUGUACAAGGGAGAUCUCUUAGAUCCUGUCUUUGCUGAAGCCAUCACAGAAGCUGAACCUGAAGUGGAACAUCUUUUGGUCUCGGACAUCACACCGCACAGCUUUAAACUGACAUGGACAGCACCGGAGGGCGUCUUUGAUACAUUCACCCUCAAAGUCGUCGAUCCUAAUGGUCUGGGCCAACCUCAGAAGAUUAGUGUAUCUGGAGACAAGCGAACAGAAGCAGUGACAGGUCUCAUUGAAGAUACGGAGUAUGAAAUCGAGCUCUUUGGCAUGAUUUUGGGACGGAAAUUCCAGCCCAUUUUGGCUGUAGCUCGAACAGGUCUAGGUACACCCAAGGGGAUACGCUUUUCUGAUGUGACUGACACAUCGGCUACUGUUCACUGGACUAUGCCUCGUACCCGUGUAGACAGCUAUCGGGUCACCUAUGUACCUAUUCAGGGUGGCAGCCCUAUGACACUGAGAGUAGAUGGAGGAGAGUCUCAAGCCAUGCUACCUAAUCUGACCCCUGGAGUGACCUACCAGGUCACUGUCUUUGCUGUGAAGGGCUUGGAGGAGAGUGAACCAGGAUCUGAUAGGGUCACAACAGCCCUGGAUAAGCCACACGGUCUGACAGCAGUCAACAUCACCGACACCGAAGCCCUGCUGCUGUGGCAACCGUCCAUCGCUACUGUGGACGGAUAUGUCAUCACUUACAGCGCAGACAGUGUGGCUCCAGUGAUGGAAAGGGUGUCUGGGAACACUGUGGAGUUUGAGAUGAGCUCCCUUACACCCGCCACCUUAUACACCGUUAAAGUCUAUGCAGUCCGAGAGGGAGCCAAGAGUGCUGCAACCACCACAGAGUUCACCACAGAUGUUGAUGCCCCUCAGAAUCUGGCUGCCAGUAAUAUUCAAACAGAGACUGCCAUGUUGACAUGGAAGCCACCAAAAGCAGACAUCAGCGGGUAUAUCCUUAGCUUUGAGUCUGCUGAUGGCGUUGUCAAGGAGGUUGUCCUAAGCCCCACAGCAAUGUAUUACAGCAUGUCUCAGCUGACUGCCUCCACAGAAUACACAGUCAAACUGCAGGCCAUCGCUGGGCCAAAGAGAAGCAGAAUCAUCUCUACAGUCUUCACCACCAUUGGAGUGCUAUACAAGCACCCUAAAGACUGCUCGCAGGCUCUGUUGAAUGGAGACACAUCCUCAGGCUUGUACACUAUUUACCUGCGUGGAGAUGAGAAUCAGCCCCUGCAGGUCUACUGCGAUAUGACCACCGAUGGAGGCGGCUGGAUUGUGUUUGUGAGACGGCAGAGUGGUAAAGUGGAGUUUUUCAGAAACUGGAAGAACUACACUGCAGGCUUUGGUGACCUGAACGAUGAAUUCUGGCUCGGUCUCUCUAACCUCCACAAGAUCACCUCCUCUGGGCAGUAUGAGCUGCGUGUGGACCUCAGAGAUAAGGGAGAGUCUGCAUAUGCGCAAUAUGACAAGUUUUCAGUCUCUGAACCACGCACUCGCUACAAAGUCCAUGUUGGAGGAUACAGCGGCACUGCAGGUGACUCAAUGACGUAUCAUCACAGCCGUCCAUUCUCAACUUAUGAUCAUGACAACGAUAUAGCUGUCACCAACUGUGCGUUGUCUUAUAAGGGAGCUUUCUGGUAUAAAAACUGUCAUCGAGUCAAUAUAAUGGGCCGAUACGGAGACAACAGUCACAGCAAGGGUGUAAACUGGUUCCACUGGAAGGGUCAUGAGCACUCCAUCGAGUUUGCAGAGAUGAAGAUCAGGCCCGCCAACUUCAGGAACUUUGAGGGAAGGAGAAAGCGAUCGUAAACCAGUGCGCUCCGGCUCCAUCCAACCUACCCUUCUCUGCUGCCCAUUCUCCCUUUGUUCCUCCUGCAUCAUCUCAUCCCCUUCAUCUACCAAAGCCACUGCCAGGAGCCCAGCCUGCUCUCUACGCUCUCCUAUUCAUGGAGAACAAGAACAAAAAAGUCUUCAAAGCUCCAUACACAGUUGUGUGUGUACCACUUCUGUUCAUCAGUAAACCAAUAGACUCAUAGUGAAGUGUUUAACAUUACACACUGUGCCUGUACAUCAUAAGCACACCAAAGACAGACACUCCAGUAACAUCUAUAUAAUACAAUACCGACGGAGGGGAGAUUUUGAGUUUGGCUUGGUGCUUUCCAGUAAAAAAAUAAAAAUAAUUAUAAUAUUCUUUCUGUAUAUCACAUACAGUUACAGUGGAGAGAGUUAAAUGUUUGUGUGUGGUAUUUUUUUUCAUUGGAGCCUCUUCCCUAGGCUGUGGUAAGCCAUGAGAAUACUGUAUCCUUUAAGUUAUCAAUUAGAUUUAGAAGUUAAAUGGCACAUGAUAACUCAGCAUUUAAUAUGCAGGACUGUAUAAAAAUAUCUAGUGGGGAGGCUCAGAGAUCUUUUCAUCUCUUUCUAGCCUGUCUGUGAUAAAUCUAAGUACCCAUGCUCUCUCUCAGUCUUCUCUCUCCCACAACUCGUGCUCAUCAGUUCUAAAGUCAAGUGGCACGUUUCUCAAACCAGUACCUUUACAGUACUGCUAAGUGUUCAUUUAUAUGCACCUUUUGUCGUGUUUCCUGUACCCUAUAACUACAUUGGCAUUCAGUCACAGAGCAUAAGAAUCUUGAUUUUGUUGCUUAUUAUUCUCUAAAAGAUUUAAAUGAAACAAAGGUUAAGGCAGGACCUAUGUUCAAUCUUUGGAUUAAGUGAUACUUAGUUUGCCAGUUAUGAGCUUGUAUAAUGUUCAAGAAUCAUAAAGAAAAAGUAAUGGCCAGGACAGGUUAUUGGAAUUAUUAUAAACAUAGCCUUAUUUGAAAGUUCUGUUCGAGAAAAAAAAAAAAAAUAUACAGAAUAAGUCUUCGUGUUCGCCCCUCCCCUGCUAUCGACUAAACCACUGACCCAUACAAGACCUGUGUAAAUUAUGUCUCGUUUUGGUAUUUGAAUAUUUUGUUUGUUUGUUUGUUUAUUAAAUGGGUGUACAACAGGUGUUUCUUUGUAACCCCUCUUACAAUAAAACAGAUUUUGUUUAAUAAA